AUGGCAUUAGUAAAAAUGCUCAGCAUUUUGGUUCUGCUGGUUUUGGGAUUGGCAAUGACACGAAGGGAUUUGGUGUCUGGCAGUUCAUCUAGCUGCAUUUUUCCAGCUAUCUACAACUUCGGGGAUUCAAACUCGGACACUGGAGGCCGCUCUGCUGCACUUACACAAAUUCCACCUCCCUAUGGCGAAACCAACCUUGCUGAGAAACUAGGACUACCAUACGUGAGUGCAUACUUGGACUCCAUAGGAACAAACUUUCGACGCGGCGCUAAAUUCGCCACUGGAGGCUCUUCCAUUUUACCUGGUCCUUUCAGCCCUUUUGAUCUUGGCAUUCAGAUCUCUCAAUUCAAACAGUUCAAAUCACGCACAACAGAACUCUAUAAGAAUUUGAGUGAUUCUGGGAUUGUCGAAAACUGCAGCAGUGUGUCCCUUCCGCAUCCUGAUGAUUUCUCAAAGGCCCUCUACACAUUUGAUAUCGGACAGAACGAUCUUACAUUUGGAUUUCAGAACAUGACUGUAGACAAAAUUGUCGCUGCAAUUCCCGGCAUCCUCGAUGGUUUUGAUGCAGCAGUACAACAACUCUAUGGCGAAGGAGCAAGAGCUUUUUGGAUACAUAACACUGGGCCAAUUGGAUGCUUGCCUUUCAUGGCUCUGCCAUUUAAAUUUAGAAAUGGCACCCUUGACCAGAAUGGCUGCGUCGCUUACCAAAACAAUGUAGUUCAAGAAUUCAAUCAGCAGCUUAAAGAAAGGGUAAACCAGCUAAGAAACAAUCUCUCUGUGGCUGCAUUCACAUACGUCGACGUAUAUUCAGCCAAGCUAUCGCUGAUAAGUGAUGCUAAAAAUCAAGGUUUUGUUGAUCCACUCAACUACUGUUGCGGUACCUUCGUGCCAACAUUCGUGAUGUGUGGACUGUCGGCACAAGUAAAUGGAACCACCAUUCAUGGAGAUGCUUGUGGCGAUCCUCAGGACCGAAUUAGCUGGGACGGCAUACAUUUCACGGAUGCAGCCAAUUCAUGGAUCGCUUCACGCAUCCUCAAUGGUUCCAUGUCUGACCCACCUGCGCCAGUCUCCAAUGCUUGUCCGUAA